AUGACAUUGAAACCCUACACAUUGGCUUCGGGAAUAUUUUGUGGACUGACGACUGGACUUCAUUUGAUUUGGGUAAGCCAUGAUGUCGUCAAACCAUUUCUGAAAAUCCAUGAACAAGACAAAAAGCUUGAUGAAGAAGCUACUUAUAUUCUCCACGCGUGCUGGCAUGUCGUUUCGUUGUCUUUGGCCGCUACUUCAGCCAUUCAAAUUUCGUAUGCUCUCGGAAGACCUUACUUGAUCGGUAAUUCCUUCAUCAAAGUAACUCCCGAGCUCGUGGACUUUAUCAACAUGUUUAAUUUCUUGGAAGGUUUGGUCGUGUUGGCUUGUAGCUUUUUUGGAAAGGUCGAUGAUGAAGAAUUGAAGAAGAAACGAAAAAACAAGUGGUUGCACUUGCUGUUUCGUUUGCCUCAAUGGACGUUGUUUUUCACGAUUGCUGGCUUACCUCUGCUUGAUUAA